AUGCAGUAUGUUUCAUGCGAAAAGACACUGGAAGUGCUCGACGCUAAUUUGGACACAGCGGACCAGAGCCUCCCAGACGUCGUAUACUCAUACACCAGCAAUCUCUGGCAAUGCUGCGGCACGGAUGAGAACAAUGCAGUGACCUGCGGAACGCCUACUUCACAAACCUUCAACGCUCCUCCACCGGCCCAGCUCAGAGCUGCAUUCUCCUCGAGCGCGUCCUUAAGCACGGGCUCAACAACGAGCACGUCUUCUCCGAGCUCUUCCUCUAUACUGACUGCCAACGCCUCGGCAACCUCAUCCUCUGAGGGCACCCAGGCAUCAGAAAGCGGCAGUGACUCAGGGCUAAGCGGAGGCGCAAUUGCGGGAGUAGUGAUUGGUGCUCUUGCCGGAAUUGUAUUGGUGGCUGGUUUGGCUUUUUGGCUUGGUCGAAGGCGAAGACGGAUUCGCAAUUCCCCAGCACACGGGACGCCAGAUGCUAAUAUGCUUCUGAAUACGUACGCCAACCAUAAGCCCGCCCUUAAGCCAUAUUCCGAUCGCCCAGCACAGGAACUUCAUUCAAUGCACACUACAGAGCUCCAGGGCGAGAGCUAG